AUGGCGGAUUCUUUGUUCGAGGAUUUUGUUCCAAGAAAAAGAGUAAAAAAAGUUGAUAAUAAGGAUUACGUAGAUGUAGAUGAUGUUGUUAAGGUUGAUAGUGUUGUAGAUCGUGUGUUUAUUGAUUUAAAAGAUGAUGAAAAUGUUGAUGAUAAAGAAUAUGUUAGUGUUGAUGAAGAUUGUAUUGAUGAUCGAAAUGUUGUUAGUAGUGAUGAUGAGGUUGAUGAGAACGUAGAGAGUGAUGAUAAAGGAGUGGAUAAUAAAUUUAUUGAUGAGAAUGAAAGAAAUAAAAAUAUGGAAGUCCCGUAUUUGAAUCAGAGAUUUGAUAAUUUAGAUGGCGCAGAUAGAUUUAUUAGGUCAUAUGCCCUUAAGAAUGGGUUUGCGGUGAAAAUACAACAAACAAAGAAACGGGCAAAAGUUGAUGAAAUAUAUGCCCGAAUGUUUGUUUGUAGACUCGCGGGUGAAAAUCAAGACAAAAAUGUGGUGGAUGAAGAAGUAUGUGUAGGCAGUAGUAAGGGCACACGUCGUCGGGACAAACUUCCUAGAAGUGGUUGUAAGGUUAGGAUGUUUGUUGUGAAAAAGAAGAAAAAAGAUUAUUGGGAGUUGACAACCGUUGAAUUAGAACACAAUCAUGAUCUUGUAUCUCCUAGUAAGAUGACUUUGAUUCAACGGGAAAGACAUGUGACGAGUGCGGCAAGAAAUCUUAUAAAUGUGUUAAAUGUGUCGGGUAUUCGCCCUAGCCAAACCAUGAGUCUUUUUAGCAAUAUGCAAGGUGGAGUUAGUAAUGUUGGUUUUGGUAGCCAAAAUAUUAGGAAUGUAGUGCGGGAUGAGCGGAAGAAAAAGAUACAAGUGAGUGAUGCUCAAGCGGGUUUGGAUUUGUUAAGUCGUCUUAAAGAGGAAGGCGGUGGGAAGUUUUUUGUGAAAACUCAAGUGGAUGGAGAAAACCGUUUGAAAAAUCUAGUAUGGGUGGAUCCUAAAUGUUUGAUGGCCUAUAGUAAUUUUGGAGAUGUUGUUGCUUUUGAUACGACAUACCGAACGAAUAGGUAUGCCAUGCCAUUUGUGCCUUUUACAGGGGUCAAUCAUCAUUACCAGUCUGUUCUUUUUGGAUUUGCACUCAUGAGGGAUGAAGUAAAAAGUAGUUUCGAAUGGGUGCUAAGAACAUGGCUUGAAGCUCGUACCCCUUCAACCUCGUACCUAUUUGGUUGCUGUUAG